AGUGCCGCCGCGCCAUAGCUGACAGCCGCACCGUUUGCACCGCGCAAACGCGAGCCCAGCGUCUGAUCAACACCUUGUGUCUUAAGUUUCGUCGCGCAUGAGCACCCUACUCAUUUUUUUUGCUGAAUGUCGAGAUAAUGUUGUGAAAAACUGACGGAUAUUUUUAGUUUCGCCUUGUCCUCACUUCGGUCAUGUUUCACGAAUCAUUUUGGUACUAAAUCUGUUUUAUGUGUCCCGGUGUUACGGCGCGGCAACAACAUGUUGGAUGUGUUUCGCGUUCAUUACGUGAUCUCUCGAGAUGUCUCUAAAGUUUACGAUUGAAGUGAAAUCAGCUAUAUCCGAAAUUAACUGAGAACAUAGAGAAAGUUGCGAAUUCCUGUGUUAAAAUUUCGAGUAUGUCUAAUGUGAAUAUUAGAGGUGUUGUAACGUAAUAUUUCAUAAAAUAUUAGACAGUAUUAGUGCAGUGCAUUUGCGUCAUAUUGAAGUGGAAAAAAAUGUAUUUGUUCUUAAAUUAAUAACUGUGACCAUUUCUUAGUGUCAAGGUUGGAGCGAAUUCGACAUCAAUUUAUACAGAACAUGCCCGUGCCGCUCAUGCGCAAUAUGACGGGUAGAGCUAUGACGUUCAAUGUAAAUAAAAUAAUGAUCUAAUUGUACAUACAAUACUAUUUCUGUAGCUGACUUAGAAAAUAACUAAAUACCCAUGUUAAUUUUUUUAUUAAUGUCAAGAUUGGAUAUGACUUUUAUGUUCAUCUUACAAAUCUGCUGUAACCACAUUUGAUAUCCAUAUAAUGGAGCUUCGUGAUGUUAGAAUAGUAAAUAUUGCCAAGGUCAUUUGAAAAAUAAAUAAAAUAGAAUUAAAGGUAAAUCUAUUGAUAGAAAUUUAUAUAAUGCCUCAUUACGACGAAAGUUUCAUCCAUGAUGAUAACCAUAACCAACGAAGAAAUAAGAGAAGCUAUCAGGUUUACAAAAAUGGUUUGAGUCCAUUAGGGGUAUUAGAAUCAAAUGGCGUUCUAUAUAACAUCGAAGGAAGGGCAUCUAUGAUAAAAAGAAAUAUGAAGAAUAUAAAACAUCGUAAUGGCCGAUAUUAUCCAGAUCCAUGCUCCGUCAGGCCCUGUGAUUACAUUAAAUAUUCGACUCCUGAUAUAAUAGUGGACCACUGCCCCACAAUCAGUGUUUUUGAUCCUAAGAACUACUAUGACUUUAGGAAUAAUAACGUCCUAUCGCCGUGCAAAAGCUUUGACAAUUUGACUAUUAAACCUGUCAAGAGAAACGAAACGGCGAAAUACAAAAUGAGAAACGGCGUCAGUCUCCAAAAUUUGUUAGAUGAUGGGAAAUUGAAGUACUAUGUUUCUCCUGCGGAAGAAGUGUUAGCGACCCCUUCACGUAAUCCUGAUGUCAAAAAUUCGUAUUCAGUCGUGGAUGCCCGCCGUCGUCCAAUGCAGCGACGUGUUUCCCGGUCACCUCUUGCACCUGCUUUUGGGAUUUACCGACAAAUUGCUGGAGACAAAAUAGCUACAAAUAACGUUCACGAGAACGAAGUCUGCGAAGCAGGCUCGGGACACCGCGGCUCAUUGCGCGGCGCUAACAAGCUGGCGCGGCGGGCACGUUCUUUCAAAGACGACUUGCUUGAGCGCAUCUCCAAUAUGCGUUCGCCUGCGCAACAGCAUCACCCUCCGCAUCUCUCUUCCGCUAUCAGGUCACAUUCCCCGCUUAGUCCGAAAUUUCGGAACAUGGGGACAAAGUCAGUCACCACAGAAGAGGGGGAAGUCACGCCCGCUAAAGAAUUGGAACGGCUCGUCAAAGAGGUUACAUUUGGUUUGAAACACUUUUCGGAUGUCAUCACAAAAAGGAAGCUGGAGAUGCUGCCCGACAAUGGCACGAUUGUAUUCGAGUCUAUUGCCAACAUUCAUAAAGAAAUAAAGCCUUAUUGCAGCCGAUCUCCACAGCUAAUGAGUGCUGUGAAACGUCUUUGUACAGCGCUUGCAAUGCUCAUUCGAUUAUGUGAUGAGAUAACGGCGGUGAGCCUUCGCGCUGACGCUGGUAACGAGGAGUUAGAUACGUCAGCACCGGCGUUGUCUCCGGAACACGUCAGUUCUGUGGUCAAAGGUGUAACGUCCGCGGUCGAGGAAGUGGCAGCACUUGCCCAGCAGCACAUGACUCGGCCUGCCUUGUCACCGCGGCCGGCGUUAGUCUCGCCACGGUCUUCUACUCAGAGGAAUUCUUUACCUGAUAUACCUCUUACUCCAAAAGAAAGAUCGCUGUUGACCGGGGAGAGUGGGAACGAGACAGCAGGCGUACGUGCGUCGCACUCAUCGGAAUCUGUUUUAGAUGCACCUGAUACACCCCCACCUAAGCCAGCUAGGCCCAGUCGGAAAAUCGAGUUGGCACCACCGCUGCCGCCGAAGCGCAAGUCCGCGAAUGACAAUUCCCAUCUAGCGCUGUCCAUUGAUAGGUUAUCUUUACAAUCGCACAGCAGCGGCUCCCUAGACUCCAUGCUGAAUGUGUCCAACGACGAGGAACGCCACGUGCACGACACAAACAAUCACGAUCAUGUUUUUAGUACACCGCCUAACGAUAUUAUAGGUGUAUGCAGCUGCAAUAGCUCGAGUGAAAUGCGUACGUCGGUGGAGUCCCAGGAGUCUCAACUGAGCGCGCCUCACGUACAUCCGCACAAUAAUCAUAACCGCUUCUCCAAUGAGUCCGGAUUUGUUUCUGUCGGUCACACGGAGAUAUCGACAGAACAUAGUUUUACGUCAUCGUUCUCCUCGCAUCACUACUCCAGUCACUCUGAUAGGCUCGCCAGUAUCACGUCAGACGAGAGCGAGACGCCGCCAGAGUUGCCGGCGAAGACGCGUCGCAACAUCCGAGCGGAUGUACAACAACACUUCCCCACUGUCGAGAUCAGACAAACUCCUGUGUGUUCGUUGCACGGCGAGGCGCGGCCCCACACGUUGGCCGAUCACCAUCCGCCGCGCCCGCCACCGCUGCCGCUCAAGAAGAAACACAUAAUGGCGUAUAUGGAGAUGUUUGGCAACUGCAGUCAUCCGCCAAAUAGCGCAGCCGCGCCGACUGAUAUGUUCCGUCACUCUAUACACACUUAUAAUUUGACCAGCGGGCAACACGCAGCGUCAACCGUUAUCACUGCCCAAAGACAUCAACAAGUGCAGCGAUCCAUUGCUCAGUCGUUUACAGUUCAGCACUUUGGCACUCCUCCAUUAAGUGGUUCUGAUGAAAGUAUGCUGGGAUGGAGUGGAACUAGUCCUCUACCGGUAGAACCCCCGGCGUUACCACCUAAAAUUAAUAAAAAUAAACAGCUUCAAAUGAAUUCGAGCAACGAACUUUUGCCUCCACCGUCGCCACGACCCUCAUCGCAUAAUAGCUCACAUUCAGCCGACGAAUCACUCACAAAUAAUGUGAACUCUGAUGACUCGUACGUUGGCGCGACAACUCCAGGGAAAUUUCCCCUGGAAGAUGAGUUGGAGACGCUUGUUAUACCGUCGGCACCAUCACCGGUACCAUCGCAGAGAAGCGAAAGUAGUACGGAACCGGUGGUGGCAGUAACAGAUACCAAAAGCGGUUCAGUGAGCGCGGACAGUGACGAUAUCAUACUUCAGACCGAUAUUAGUGCUUGGUUACUAUUGAAGGCGCCGACCAAAACAUCUGAACAAAGAACUGAACCACCAGAAGUGCGCGGUGGACAUCCCGAUGCACUUAUAGUACUCGCUACCAAAGCAACCAAAGACUUCACGUACCAGGAGGCGUUCCUGGCUACGUAUCGUACGUGGGUAUCGCCCAGCGGGUUAGUGGCGCGAUUGGUGCGGCGCGCUCAUCACUUUAGACCGAGACCGCAUGAUCUUCGCUCUACACUUGGAUUACUCACCAGAGUAGUAGCGGAUCUCACAAUGGCAGAUUUGGAUCGUCCAUUGAUGCAAGAGAUAAUGGAGUUCAUCUAUUGGCUUGUUGAAGUUGAAGAGUUGCCAAUAGCGAAAGCUUUAAGACAGAUACUAGUCGAUAAACAGAAACAAUUACACUUCCAACAGGCUAACAACAGGUAUGAAUACGAUAACCCCUGUUACGGCUCAGUGUCGCUUAGGAGGGAUACGCUUCUAGACUUCAAAGCGACUGAGUUGGCGGAACAGAUGACGUUGUUGGAUGCUGCUCUAUUCGUUCGCAUAACAACUGCGGAGGUACUAUCUUGGCCACGUGAUCAAUCCGAAGAGAGUUCCCCUAAUCUUACCCGGUUUACGGAGCAUUUCAAUAAGAUGAGCUAUUGGGCCCGAUCACGGAUACUCGAGCAGGACGAGGCCAGAGAGCGUGAAAAGUACGCGAGUAAAUUUUUAAAAGUAAUGAAGGCCCUCCGGAAGAUGAACAACUUCAACUCGUACCUAGCGUUGGUAUCAGCGCUGGACUCGCCGCCUGUACGUCGGUUGGGAUGGCCGCGGGCUAUAGUGGAUGCGUUACACGAUCACUGCGCCAUCAUAGACUCGUCGUCAUCCUUCCGAGCAUACAGGCAGGCUCUCGCGGAAACUCAGCCACCCUGCAUACCAUACAUUGGUCUAGUCCUCCAAGAUCUGACGUUUGUACAUAUUGGCAACCCAGACCUAUUGCAAGAUGGCAGCAUCAACUUUACCAAGCGGUGGCAACAGUACCACAUUAUGGAGAAUAUGAAGCGCUUCCACAAAGAGCAGUACAAGUUCAAAAAGAACGAGCGUAUCCAGGCCAUGUUCAACGAGUUCGAUGAUGUGCUGAGCGAGGAGGCGAUGUGGCAGGUAUCGGAGACUAUAAAACCACGCGGGGGCAGAACGCGGAACGCUCCCGCCCCCGCCCCCGCCCCUGCCCCCGCUACGGCUCCCGCGCCCGCGCCAGCUCAAACCGCCGCCUAGUCGACGCCUGUGAAAU